ACCUGCUCACAUUUCGAUAUGCCCUGUCAAUUUGACGUCACAUCUCAUCCUCCAUCACGACGCCUUGGAAAAGUAAACCUCGAAUUCUUUGGAAUUUUCACCGAUUUCCUCGAGGAUCGAGCGGUUUGAUCUUCAACCAACAGUACCUGGAUAAUACUGGAUAAAUAUGAGUCGGACAUAUCGCCAUCAAACCACUGAAUUAGAGAGAACUAUGGCCGACAUGUAACGCAUGUUUUAUCACACACCCAGUCAGCUCGUGCGAAAUUUACCAACUAUGGCGGCGAUAUCGCUGUGACGGGCAAAAUAUUUCACAGAACACGAUGGAGAACGAUACAGGUCCACCGCAAAACCAUAUUAACCAGAUGAAUUCUGGCAAUGCAAAUGUAAUGAACAGUUUACCAAAUAAACAGCAUGACGAUAAUCAACGAAUGAACUACACAAUACCGGGAAUAUUACAUUUUAUUCAACAUGAAUGGGCACGGUUUGAGAUGGAGAGGGCGCAAUGGGAAGUUGAAAGGGCAGAAUUGCAGGCCCGUAUAGCUUUCUUACAGGGAGAGCGCAAGGGUCAAGAGAAUCUCAAGCAUGACUUGGUCCGCAGAAUCAAAAUGUUGGAAUAUGCUCUCAAACAAGAAAGGUCGAAGUACCAGAAGCUCAAGUGUGGACAUGACCUGAGCCAAGAAAUCAAGCCACCGACAUUUGAUGGGGAGGAAGGUGGUGAAGAAGAGUCAGCACUCUCCCCCAACAGUCAAAUUAACUUCAAACAAAGCAGGCAACUGCUUAGGCAAUAUUUACAGGAAAUAGGUUACACAGACACGAUAUUAGAUGUGCGGUCGAACCGGGUACGCUCAUUGCUGGGCCUGGCCCCCAACGAGCAGAACAUACCGGGGCUGGAUGGCAACAUGUCCAUAGAACCUGUGAUGAAUGGGGAAAGUCCCGUCAAGCAGGGCCGACAGUCUGACACUGCUAAGAGACAAGAUAAGAAGCAUCCUAUGCCAGAGAAUGAUCUGGACACAGUCUUGACAUCCUUUAGUUUCCUGGACGGGACCGACGAUGAGGAGCGAGAGAAGGAACUAGGAGAAGGCCGGAUGAUGGGCGAAGAUGGCAUCCUGGAAGGCAGGAGCAAAAUGGGCACCAUCAUCAAAAAGAAGAAGCCUGUUGUGGGCAACGAAAGCAUGGCGGGCAUGGAUGACGUCCUGAAUGACCCAGCUACCGAGGAGGCACUGGUCGAAUUUGACCUGAUUCUGAGUGAGGCCUCGGAAGGAGCCGGUGAGGCCAGGACAGCUGGAGAUGGGGCCGAUUGGGGACUGGACAAAAAGUCUGACUUGUCGCCAACGGGUGAGGAGUGGGGGGUGGAUGCUAACACCAUCAGUAAGCUAAAAGAGGAGUACAAAAAAUCACGCAAGGACAAGAAAUUUGUGCAACGUCCCAAGAAGACUGCACUACAGGCCAUGUUGGCCAAUCUGGAAGGGGAGGAGGAGCCGCCCCCUCCCUCACACAUUCUCAUGCCGGAGCGCCCUCGGGGGGUCAUCCCCAGCAUCGACAUGCCCGAUGAUGGAGUGGCAGAAGACAUGCAGGGCGGUGUUGGGAUGGGAGGCAGACGUCCCAUGAUGAACAUCGGUGACGAGGAGUCCAUUGAAGCGGCCCUCGGCCUGGGGGAGCUAGCUGGACUGACCAUCUCCAACGAGGCAGACGCACUGAGCUACGAUAUUACUGCUAAUAAAGAAACCUUCCGGAAAACCUGGAACCCCAAGUACACGCUGCGGAGUCACUUCGACGGCGUGCGGACGCUGGCAUUUCAUCCGGCCGAGACGGUUCUCAUCACCGGCUCCGAGGACCACACCCUCAAGCUGUGGAAUCUACAGAAGACAGUUCCCGCUAAGAAGGCUGCUUCGCUAGACGUUGAACCAAUCUACACCUUCAGGGGACACUCGGGUCCUGUGCUAAGCCUUGUUAUCAGCAGUAAUGGGGAGCAGUGCUUCAGUGGUGGCACAGAUGCAGCCAUCCGCUGUUGGAACAUCCCGGGGUCUAACAUUGAUCCUUACGACUCCUACGAUUCGGGUGUGUUGGCAGACACCUUCGUUGGACACACCAACACCAUCUGGGGCUUGGCCUUUGACGGGACCAAGAACCAACUGGUAUCCUGCGCUGCCGACGGCACUGUGCGGUUAUGGGCCCCGCAGAACAAGUCACCUCUACUCAGCACUUUUAAAACGGAAACCGCUUACGGCAACCCCACCUCGGUGGACUUUGUGCGCUGUGACUCCAGCCAGAUUGCUGUGGGUUACCAGUCGUCGGAUACCAUCAUAUUUGACCUGGAGACGGGGGCCCCGGUAGUCACACUAGAAAGCAAAAUGCCCUCAGAUAAUGCAUAUACGCAGAUUAACAAAGUGGCCAGUCAUCCGACGCUCCCCAUUACCAUCACUGCCCAUGAAGACCGGCACAUCCGAUUCUUUGAUAACACUUCAGGUAAAAUGGUACACAGUAUGGUGGCCCAUCUGGAUGCGGUGACCAGUUUAGCGGUGGAUCCAAAUGGAUUGUACUUACUUUCAGGAAGUCAUGACUGCUCAAUUCGUCUGUGGAACCUGGACAGCAAAACCUGCGUUCAGGAGAUCACCUCUCACCGGAAGAAAUUUGACGAGUCGAUAUACGAUGUCGCCUUCCACCCCUCCAAGCCCUACAUAGCUAGCGGUGGAGCCGACGCCCUGGCCAAAGUGUUUGUAUGAUAGGGCGUGGGGCUGAUGUAGGAUGAAUGUAUGCAGCUGGGCCUUGAGAAAUCCUUUCUUGCUCAAACAUUUCUAUUUGAGAGAUAUGAAAAUUGUAACAGAAUUCUGUAAUCAGCGGUCUUAAACCAUGCAGUACCUCGUGCACUGCAGUGGGAUUUUCUGAUGUUAUUCUUCAGAACAUAACCGAGCAAGUGCAAAUAACAAAAUCUUCCUAUGCACAAACUUUCAUGGUCAGUUGAUUUUUGUUGAAUUAAAGUCAAAAUUUCAAAUUGAAAUCCAGCAUUAGUUGGUUCCCUGUUGUACACUUAAUACGUUCUAUUACAUUUAGCUGCUAAUUGCCAGUGUCAGCUAGUCGGUUGACUGUGGUUAGCUAACUGACCAUUGUCAACCAGACAAGGUUUGGUCAGAGCCACUUCAACUUUAUUAAAAAAAGUUGUAUGUUUUCCGAUACAAGCUUGUUAGAUCUUACCAAAGGAAAUAACAAAAGUCUGAUGCAAGAUAAUUUAGUACGCUCUGCUUGUGGCAAAAACUAAGACCCUUGGCAAUCGGCCAUAUUUUGAGCAAAUGAGGCACUGUAAUGAUACUAAUUUCUGAGUACA